AUGGAGCUAAAGGCUGAUAAAGAAAGUGGCAGAGAUGACAAAGAACUCUGGUGCACCGAUUGCAAGGCAAAAGGGCAUACAAAGGGAACAUGGUCAAAGAAAGCUUUUUGUGACAUCUGUCAGGUACUGGGCCAUUCCACCAAGGAAUGCUCGUACAAUUUAAAAACACGGAGCACACAAGUGCUCUACACUCAAGGCGAGCAAGCUACUCCACUAGCCACACCACCUAAACAAUCAACAAACUCAGAGGCUUCACCAAGAGGAUACCGCAAUAAUCGGCCUGGGAACAACCGUUCCAAUAAUAACAUGCCAAGGAGAAAAAUUCAGUAUGAUGCAAAAGGGCAGCCCAUGAUCCAAUGUCGGAAAUGUAAUGAGUGGGGCCACUUUGCUCAGGAAUGCCAGAACGGGAACAAUGAUGGAGGUUGUGCAAAUGGUGUGGUCCUGGAAACCAUGAGGACACUGACUGCUCGAAAUAGAAGGGAGUAA